ACACACCCACUCAGUUGUUCCACAUCCUGUUGGAAAAAGUUGCUCGCGCUUCCUUCUCUGCUGAAUCUUCUCUUCUUCACUUUGUCUCACCGUGUCUCCUCUUCCUCUCACCGUGUCUCCUCUUCCUCUCACCAUGUCUCCUCUUCCUCUCCUCUCCACGCUCGUGCUGCUGCCGCUGUUUUGCGCGGUCGUUGCGGCGCAGUCAGACGCCGAGAGCCGCACCGGGCUCAUCCAGGAGCUGCGGGCGGCGCUGGCGGAGCUGGCCGCGGAGGGGAGGACCUACCUGGGCAGACUGGCCGGGGAGCAGACGGUGCUGUCGGUGCAGAAGGCGUUCUCUCAGGUUCUCGGUGUCGUCGCAGAAAACGUGGCCAAAGGUCUGAACCUGCUUCUGCAGCACAUCGCACAUUUACUGAGAACUGCAGGAAUCCAAGACGUCGUCCCCGUCAAAGUGACUCCAGAGGGCCUCGCCUUCGUGGCUCAGUGGGUCCUCGUGGCCCUCGUCGGGUACUGGCUUUUCUCGCUGGCUUACCGCCUGGUGGCGUCCACCCUGAGACGGGCCCUGUGGCUGCUGAAGGUGGGCGUGGCCCUGACCGCCUUCGCGUUCAUCCUGAGGGACCACAGCGCGGGGACGGAGACCAUGGCGGUCCGACUGGCCAUCCUGGUCUUCGUCUGCGUGCUGCUGGGUGUCGGGUCGUCGCGGGGAGGAGCCGACGCCGCGGAUAAGACCGCCCACCUGGAGGAGCAGGUGAAGGUUCUGGAGCGGCGGCUGAGGGACAUGGAGAGGUGGACGAAAGCGGAGUGACGUCACGGUAGGACGUGAAGGAACUGUGAUGGGAUCAACAUACCAUAAUAUCCAGGGUUCCCAGGGGUUCAAGGCCCUUGAAUUUGGCCCUAAAUAUAAGUGGGUCGUUCUCAGAAUAACUCUUAUCGUGAUUUAUCGCGAACGGAGAAAAAUGUUCUAUAUUUCAUGUGAAAAAAAAACAACAUUUAACAUUAAUGCGCCACAAGGGGGAGCUGCAGCAUUACGAUCUUAUUAAAGUAAGAGAGAGAGUCACAGACUGUUGAAAAGACCAAAAAGAAACAGUUUGAGAAAUCUCCAUGUUUCUCAAGCUGUGGUUCGUGGACCAAAACCAGGAAAAGUGAAUAUGGCACUUGAUGAAAAAUAAACGACCAAAAAAAAUCCCGUUUAUUAAAUGAAAUAAUGACAAUGAGUCACCUUCUCAAAGCUCCUCUGAACACUGAUGUUUUGAUUGUCAAUAAGUGUUUUUGUUUUUUUAAGAAUUAAAACAAGUUUCUCAGA